GUUAUUCCUGAAGAUAAUAGGUAUCGCUAUUCGAACCUUGAACAGAGUACAAAUUCGAUAUUUCAGUGUGUCAUUAAUCGCGAUAAGAUCGAAUCAGUAUCGCUUCGUGAACGUUACUAAAGCAACAAUCAACUAGGAACAUACUCAGAAAGCUUGUUAAACCGUAAAAAUACCACGAUAACCAUGUCGAAAAUAUUCAACAACCAAAAUCAGAACUUCUUAUAUCUCGAUACGAAGCAUAAUGACACGAUUCUAAGACAAUCAAUUGCUAAAAUUAACGUGAACGUCAAAUCAGAUCUCACGAAGGAUGUAACCGAAUCAACGAAGAAAGAGGAAAAAAAUCCAACACCACGAGAAGUUUUAACAGAUUAUCUGGAGAGCACUUCUGUACAUGGUUUGCAAUAUUUCGGUAAAACGAAUAUAGAAGUCGGAGUUCUUGGGAAGAUCCUGUGGGCCUUUACCAUAUUAACUUGUUUCGUCUGUACUUGUCAUUCCUUCGAGGUACAUCAUCUAAAAAGGUACACGCGACUAAACGCGCGUCUCGUUUCAGGUUUGAGCUUGAUGUUAAUGCAAUUUUUGCGUCGUUACAACGAGAAUCCGACCAACACGUACAUACAAACCUUCGAUGCCCCGAUAUUCCGCGCGCCAUUUCCUGCUGUAACCAUUUGUCCAUCUAUACCAAUUCCUCUGAAGAAACGCCUGGCCAUUUUGGAGAACUCCAUCUUACCCGAGAACGUGAGCAGAGAACUCGCGUUAGAGAUGUUGAACUACGGACAUCUUAUAACUCAUCCGUACAUGAAUAAAGAGUUUAAACAAAUGGACAAAUUAAAAGAAUUUUUGGAUGCCAAUAAGUGGAGCGUGGCGAGAUUCGUGAAAACUCUAAUCAAUUGCGAGGACAUGUUCGAAUCGUGUUGGUGGAGUACGGAACGCAUAGAUUGCACUAAAUCCAUUAAACAUUCGUAUAGUUCUUACGGACUAUGUUGCUCCUUUAACUAUCUUCUUGAGAAUUACGUAGGAUCCCAGAAGGGACAACCAAAACCGAAGCCUUUGAGUUCCGCUGAUUUUGGACUAUGGAGCGGCUUAAAGCUCGUGUUCAAUAAAGAAAUGUUCAUGAUCACCCAAGACGACAUGCGUAGUUCCACGAGAGUCGUGAAUAGUAAUGGCAUGGUGGUAUUGAUACAUCACAGAAUGGAUUAUCCUGGUCUUAAUACUAAUAUGUACACCUUGCAAGUGAACCAUGAGUUGGAGAUCGCCAUAAAACCGGAACUCAUUCAAAAGCCAGCAGGACUUCAACAUCGUAAUAAAGAGAAACAGUUAGUCCCCGUAUGCAUAGCGGAGGAUCAGAACACUUUGGAAUAUUUUUCUGUUUAUCGCUACUCGAAUUGUUACGCAAAUUGUAGAGUCAAGGCCAUGAUACAGCUAUGCGGAUGCUUACCAUUCAUCUACGACAACAUAGCUGAGUCCUACAACAUCUCACGUUGCGAGAUAGAACAUUUGCCUUGCAUCCAGAGGAAUACGAAAUUGAUAGGUAUCGUGAAGGACAUACAGAACGAGAAUUUCACCUGCUCUUGUAGAACACCGUGCGAGAACAUGAACUACGAUAAUUCCCCUAAUUUGAUAUCUCUGACGAAAGCCAGCUUGCCGAAUACGACGGACAAAGGUACUGCGAUCAAAGUUUACAUGUAUUCGCAAACUUUCCAGAUGCUGCUAACUCUAUCAGCCGCCGACGAAACUUAUCUCUUAGCAUCAGUCGGUGGAAUCUUUAGCUUGUUCCUUGGAUGCAGCUUCCUCAGCGUCAUGGAGAUAGUUUACUUCGUUUACCUAUAUUGUCGCGCAAUCUUUGCGCAUAAGAGGCACGAGGUUCAAACAGACCACACAACCAACGAGAUCUUUGUAAACGGUCGCCGACGUGUUUAUUAAAUUUCAAUAAAUUCCUCGAACAGA